GCUGCGCCGGACUCGACCCAAGCAGUUUCGGGUUCAACAUCGACGCUAACCAACCAGAGAUUGAACAAAUCGAGGAGGACGAAUGGGGAGGCUAAGACGCAGGAGAGGCUAAGACGUAUGAGAGGCUGUCAAAAUCGUGGUCGCCGCCGCGAAUUCAGAGCUGGAGAAGAGACAGACGAUGAUAACGACGCAACGAACUUGACAGCGACGACAAGAGGCAGACGACGACGGUCUCAACCGGAAAAGGCUUUAUUAUCGUCCCAACAUCCGAAGUAUGCUCUUUACCUAAUUCGAAGAAUUUUUUUACCAUACUUGGUUGCGCCAACCGGACACUAUUUCACAAAUCAAUUGGGCAUAAAAUUUACAAUUGGUUACUAAAAUCUGAAAUCAAAACUUUGGGUGAUUCGAUGGUAGCAAGAAUCAUACGACAAAGGAGAAGAAAACAGAGGAGGCGACUGAGUUUGGACCAGACAGCUUUGAUGGUGGCAAUUGAAACAGAGAUCGUCGGCGUUCAGAUCUGGCACGAGAUGGAUGAAAGGGAGAUGGUCGGAGUUAUGUUUAUGCUUCUUCUCCUCUUCCCGCUUCCCCACCUCCUCGCAAUCAACGACCUCGCUUGGGAGAAACAAGUCUGCUACGACAACUACUCGCAACUAGUAAUGGUAGUCGGCGACAGUGGGUCUUCUGGGAACAGGGAAGAAAGGCAGGGGAGUUAGGGGCGGGUCUUCUAGUAAUGGCAGCAGCCGAUAGCACAAGAAAAAGUGAGGGGCGGAGUUAGAGCGUAGAUUUUUCUUCUCUUUUUUCUUGUCAUUUUUCUUAUGUAUUACAAAAUAAAUAAUUUUUUUAUUGCCACAUCACCAUUUCAGUAGUCAAACUUAACUAUUGACGGCCACGUAGAACAGAUUUAACAGAACUGGACGGCGAGUGACCAAGGAUGACAUAAACGUUUAGUAUUGAUGGCUAAAUUGAAGCAAAAGUGAUUCGGAUGGCUAACCUGUUAUAAAUAGAUAAUAUGGGUGACUGAACUUGCAAUUCACCCGGGAAUUAUCAUAGUUACUCCAAAUUUGGGUAACAAAUCCAAAAAAAUGAAAAAUUUAAUCUUUGUUUCUUAUCAUCAUUCCACUUGAUCCUUAUGUUGUCAAGUUAGAAUAUUACCUUGGUCUCCAUCUAAUUACUAUCAUCACAAUUUUCUCCCUCCUCUUCAUCACUAUCAUCAUUGUCUCUAACAAUCAAACGGUCAAUAUAUCAUUGAAAUAAUCUUUAACCAUGUUCUUUGAUAAUAUUAAUAACAAGUAGCAUGUUCAAUUUCUAUUCCUAGGUAAGUAGUUAAUAGUUCAAACAAGUGACUCUAAUUCCGUUGUAGAAUACAUUGGGAAUGAGGCCUUUGGCCUCCAGUUAAGCAAAAAAAAAAAAAAAAAAACAUUGGGAAUGAAGACUUAGCAAAUUAUACAAGAGCAAAUAAAAAAUUGUAGCAUUAGAACUAUCAAUAAAAUGAAAACAAUCUAAACAACUUAAUAUAUAUUACAUAUGAAAUCACUUCAAGUUUGUAGCAUUUCCUUUUUCCAGAAUCUUUACAUAUAUCAUAAAAUUGUAAAGAGCACUACUAAAUAAUAAAUUUACAUGUAAAUUUCAUAAUAUAUUUUAAAAAUAGAAUACUCGAUAAAAUUUUACCCAUCUUUCCAUACACCAAUGAUUUAUGAUUCAUAUUCACCCUCUCAUAUGAUUCCUUAGGGAUGGGAUUAGGUGCUAACCCUUAUAGGGGUUAACACCGUGAUAACUAGCAAAAUCACCGUGCUAACCCCUCCCGAUUCCUUACUUCAUCGCCACUUUGACAUUUUGUUUAAAAAUAUAAUAAUUACAUCUAUUUAAAAGGAAAACAAGAAGAGGCCAAAAAAAUCAAAGAGUGACCCCUCCUCAGACACGCUAAGCAUUGAUUGAAUGAAAGGAAGAAAACAAAAGAAGAAAAAUAGAAACAAAAAUAAAAAUUGUGGAGUGGAAUUUCAAGAGCAAUAAAUGUAGGGGCCAUUUAUUUACGUGCCUCCCUUUCCUUUCUUUUCCUUGAAUUCUUCUCCUCCAUCCGCCCGCCCAACCUCUAAAGUCUAAACUCUAAACCAUUAAUAUUCCACUAAACACACCCGCUCUUCCUCAAAAGCCAUUUAAUGAAACCAUUAAUCACAA